UUGGGUGUGUCACGUGUUUACACAGGCAAGUGAUGUGUUGUGUAAUGUACCAAUUAAUUAAACACAGACGCUGGUUUCUUGGGAACAGGUUGACUGUCUUAGUUAAGGGAACAAUAUCAGGAUGCUUAAGACUGUUCAGCAAGCAUUGUUUUCCACUGGACUACAAUUGCCUAAAUGGGAACCUGUAGAAAAUAAGGCCACAGAUUACGAAGUUCGAAAGUAUGAAGCCACAAAGUGGGCCAGCACUAAAGUAGUUGGAAUGGAACUAGAUCCGGCCAUCAGCAAAGGAUUUACGAGACUCUUCAACUACAUACAAGGCAACAAUGAGAAAAAGGUGAAAAUAGAGAUGACCGUUCCAGUGACCUGCUUGGUGGACCCAGGUGCAGGACCGUUCUGUGAGACAACCUUUACCACCUCAUUCUAUAUACCUGAAGAACAUCAGGCUGAUCCUGUAAAACCGUCUGACCCAGACGUCUUUAUUGAACAAAGACCUGAGCUUACUGUGUUUGUCAGAGUAUUCGGUGGGUUUACAAAUGCACAGAAGGCUCAAGGAGAACUCAUAAAGCUGUCUCAGAGUUUGCAACGAGAUGGGCAGCAAUUUGAGGAAAAUGUGUAUUACACAGCUGGGUAUGACAGCCCCUUCAAAUUAUUUAACAGAAAAAAUGAGGUUUGGCUGAUUAAGAAGACCGGCGAAGACGUCAAAACAGAAGCGUAAAUGCCAGUGUGGUUAGUGCAGUUUUGAUUGUCAGAAAUUUUAUAUGAAGGGAUUUUUUUAUUUUCUUGAUUGAAUCACUAACUAACACUAAAUGUUGUGCAUCCAAGGAAGCCUAAUGUGAGACUGUGCCUUUGGUAGUUUGCAGCUCAUGUACUGGUUCAAUAUUUAACAAAAAUAUAUCAAAUAGACAAGUCAGCAAAAAAAAAAAAAAAAAAAAAACCUUAAUCAUAGGUGCAGCAUUUUUAGAAGCUUCAACUUAAUUAGUACUGCUUUUAUUUUGGUAUUUACUUAUGAGCCUGAACCAGCUGUUUUAAAACGAGCAAAGAAAAGCUAUCCACCUCACUGAGAUACGGUUAUAUUUUAUAGAUUAUGCAUAACAUGGGAACAGGGCAAUAUAUCAACUUACCAUCAAGGUGAUUUGUUGUUCAAGGUAAACACUGACAGCUGUGUUGAUGGUUUCCCUCUUUCUUUCAUUUUAAGCUGUCCAGUACGCAACCCCUUAAUGUGCUAACACCUCCUAGAACUGUAAUGUAUAACUAAUGUAUAAUCUCCAGUGUAAGAUGAGAAGCUCAUUGAAUCUUGGUAUCUCUACAUAAUCCCAUUAUGGCAUUUUCAUGGCAUGGGUUCUCUGACUCAUUCAUUUUAAUACAUAUUUAAAAGGAAGAUAUGUGCUUGAAGGGCCCUUAUGAAACAAAUACAGUAGAUUUUUUUUUUAAAUAGUCACCAAUUGAUUUUACAGUUUUUCGCCCAAUUUGAAAUAUUCAAUUGUAUUUUAGGCUCAGCUCACCGCUAUCUCCCCUGUGCCGACCUUUAUUACAGAAACAGAGACAAACUCAGCAGAUUUGCUUUAUUUAAAGCAUGUAAUCGCAGCAUUUGGUGCUCUCGUAAAAGCUUCUGAAUUUUGUAAUGAAGACCAACAUGUUCAACUGCAAAUGAAAAAGUCACGACCAGUUUUCACUAUAAUAAAAUAAAUAGUCUACAAAAGGUUUUCCCCUCUUUCAAAAAAGGUUCUUAAAAUGUACAAAUUCUGUAAAGUCAAAAGGUACUUUUACAAUUUCUAUAUAUUUACAAACAAUAUAAAACUGCACAGGAAUGUCCAAUUGUGUCACUCGUAAAAAAGUAAAAACACUGAGCGCACAAAUUGUUUUUUUGUUGUUGCUGUUUUCAUUAACAGGUUUGCCAAAAGAAAAACUGUUAACAUAAAAUAUGUUUGACUCCUUUAACAUUCACAAAUAGGGAGCUUAAAAAAAAAAAAAAAAUAAAAAAAUAAU